AUGGAACUGGUCAAUUGGUCACUGAGUGCUCUGGACAAGAUCUUCUCUACAAUGCGAACAGAACCUGGACGACGCCCAUGUCCGGGCAACACUUUCAAUCUUUUUUUUGUCUUAUUUUCUUUCCUACCAGAGCUUGAAAAAAAGAUUCGAGCCGCCUUUGAAGCAUUUGAUUACCAGUCAAAUGGCACCGUGGAUGUCCGCGAAAUUGGCACCAUCAUCUAUUCUCUGGGUCGCUUCCCCACUCAGGCAGAUCUUCACAACUUCAUAGCUGAGGUGGAAGAGGACCAAACAGGAUACAUCCAUCUGGACCGCUUCCUCCCCGCCAUGACCAGAAUUCUAGUGGAACACAAGUUCCCUCCCAUCUCAGAGGAUGUUCUGCUUCAAGCGUUUGAGGUUCUUGACGAGGAAAAGAAAGGCUUCUUGGACCCAGAUGAUCUGUCGCAGUACUUGAUGGAGGAAGGCGAGGUCUUUACGCAGGAGGAGAUGGACGAAAUGCUGACAGCCCUAACAGACCAUGAGACCAACCUGAUUUACAGCAAAGACUUACUCAACCAUCUCAUCAUGGACCCUGAAGUGUAA